UGGAAGUCCAAGUGGUGAGGAGUGGAACUAUCACUCGGUUGUACAUUUGUCACCAUGGUGGACAAGCGUAGCGGCAAGAGCACCACCCCGUACACCAGGGCUCAGGAAGAGCAGGCGGCCGCCGUACUCAGAAAGAGAAAGGAGGAGGAGGCAAAGAAAGAGUUGAUUAAGCAAGCUAUGAAGUUGGCCUUAUUGGAGGAACAGGCGGCGAAGAAGAAGAAGGUGGAGGAGGAGAUGGAGAAGUUGAAAAGAGAAGAGUAUGAGAAGUUAAAGGCGGUAGAAGAAGAGGAAGUGGAAGUGGAGGAGGAAGUCCCCUUAGAAAGAAGGACCAAAACGAAAUGGGGAGAGUCCAGUGGCACGAAACAGGAUGAUCAAUGGAUGGAGAAGAAGAUUUUAGAGUGGGAUGCUAAUUUGUCCAUGGGAGAAGAAGAAGAAGCGAUGUUGUAUGUCCCCAAGGCAAAACAAGAAGCAGUGGUGAAGGAGGCAGAGGAAGCAGAAGACCCCUUACGCCACCAAACCAUAGAGGAGGACAAAAAGUUGGAAUGGAAAAUGCGCCUCGCAAGAGAAAAGAGGCAACGGCUGGAGGCAGCAGACAAGGUGGCGAAGGAAUUGCGGGUGGUGGAGGAGCAAAGACAACAAAUGGAAAGUCAGGCUGAUGUGCUGGGGAAGAUGGAGAUUAUGGCUAGGAAUAUAGAGCUAUUGGCGAAGGCCCGGCAGGAGCAAUAUCAGUUGAUUAGGGGCCAGGACAUUGCGCUACAGUCCAUACACCUGGGCUUCAGAGAAUUUGCACGCAAAAUGAUGAUGCAUGUGGGCACAAAGGUGAAGGCUAGGAUAGAAAAUACAGAGUGAUUCUGCACAGGCCCCAUAGAAGGCGCAAAGCUUGCUGCUCCGAAGGCGGAGGAAGCUCACCCCAGUAGAGAGCCGGUUAAAGUAAAGUUUCCUCAUUCCU